CGUGUCAAUAUUGAGUACGUUUCGGUUAACGCCUUCGGAACGCGGUUUACGACAUCUGUCAAAGUGAACGACAAAGAUCAAGUCGUUAAUCCAGGCUUUGGUGAUCGUUGAUGCUGUGAAUUAGUACUAAUUACGAAAGGCUAAUAUGAUGCUAUUGUGUUAUUCCUUCUUUUUUGUGUGAGAUACUAAAAAGUGUAUAAUGAAAGGGAUCAUAAGUGUUGUGUUCUGUGUGUAGGGCUACCGUACCAGGCUUAGUCCAAGUAACUGAGUAUUAAAAAUAAGCACAAGUCGACAGCAUCAUGUUCAAUUUUAUGAAGAAAACAUCCGUUCUAACAAGCGACUCGGGAAGUUUCGAGGAGAGAGAUGGCGAUAAAGAGCGUAGGAAAAAAGAGAAGAAGGAGAGGAAGGAGAGAGAAAAAAGGGAGAGAAUAGCGGCUGGGCUUGAAGAGCCAUUGAGAUUAGAAGAGGUUCGAAGAUCAUUGAAAUUACGUGGACGUCGCAAGGAGAAGGAAAAGUUACCGUCCGGUAUUACAGCCGACUAUACCGCCUCGCUUUUCGCCCAUCUCGAAAAAGAUACCAACUAUACAAAUUAUAAGGUUAUCUCGAAUUCAGGUUCCAAUUCGAACCUCAGCGACGAAAACAAUCAUUUGUCUCCGGGAUACCCGAACCAUAAUUGGAAUAAGAAAGAAGGCGUGCUGCAAUCUGAUAGUUCAGAGACGUCGCUAAAUUCGUUAAACAAUCCGAAUAAUGUUAACAUCAGCCCCAGACAGGCACCGAACUUACCACCCAUACCACCGCGUCCACCGAAACGAGGAAUCCUGAAGGGGCCACGUCUCAGCAACACUAGCUCCGUCUCCCAAGAAAGCAAUGUUCAGAACACCGAUACGGUUGAUUAUAUGAACGGACAGGAUCCAAAUCUUCUCGCACGGAACACUCAACAAAACGAACUCAUCUCGUACGCUAUCCAACCCUCUAAGAGUACAUCAUCUAGUGAUGAUAUGCAACAGAUACAGAAUUUCACCAAAAAAGUCAUACACAGCCCAGUUGAGAAUCAAUACAAAAAUUAUAAAAACAACUCCAAUCCAUCGAUCCGGACUCACGAUGUAGACGAAGCGACAAAGACGAACGGGAACAGUUAUCACGGGGUGACGUCUACCUCACCGAGUGCUGAUUCAUUAACUGAUACCACGACAAACUCUUCGUUCGCUACACCUCCAUUUUCAACGUCCCCAGUCGGUGAAUCUCAAGGUUUCCACAGAUGGUCAAGGACGAGCACCUUCGACGAUGUUUACUUGCCUCUGCCGUCUUUGUCUCCUCUUCAUUUGCCGAAGCCGAGACUGUUAACCAUCCAACGCCAAAAGGCACCCAGGAAUGAUUUCGGGUUUAGUCUUCGAAGAGCUAUGAUUCAAGAGAGAGUCUUCAUUGGUGAUAUAAGAACUCUCGCUGGUCACGAAGAGAAGGUUAUAGCCAAUGGUGAUAAUAAAUACAACGACAGCAAUGUGGUUAUCAGCAAGCUGACGUAUAAAGCUGUGAUACUCGCUGAACCCGGCUCCUACCCAGGUGCCAGUGAGACCGGCUUGUUACCAGGCGAUAGACUCAUCGAAGUCAAUGACGUUAACGUAGAAGGGAGGAGUAGGGAAGAAGUGAUUGAUCUGAUAAAAAGUAGCCAGGACUCUGUAACGGUUAAGGUGCAACCUAUAGCUGAACUAUGCGAACUAUCGAGCCGCAGGGCUGCGGACGGCGGGGCGCAAGUUGAGUUAUCAGAGAGCAAUGUUAGAGGUGGAACGCUCAGUCGAUCUGGCAGUCGAAGAUUCACUAGCACACAGGCAAAGUCUGAAGAGCAGCUCGCAUGCGAGAAAGAAUGGCUACAAGCCGGUCAGAUGUGGCUGGCCCAUCGUGGCGGGUUCACAGCUGUAGUGAGAGAAGGAGAUGCUGAACCUGGCCGGGCUAAAGUCAGGGUACUACAGACGGGAGAGAUUAUCACAGUCGAUGAAGACGAUCUAGAGAAGGCUAAUCCCCCUCAAUUAGAGCGAUGCGAGGACAUUGCAUCGUUGCGUUGCUUGAACGAGUGCGGUGCGUUGCACGUGCUGCGUUCGCGUUAUGCCGCUGCGUUGCCGCACGCUCGUGCCGGACAUGCUCUACUUGUGCUUGGACCACCCCGCCGUUCUACUCCCGUUUAUACAGAAAAGGUGGCGGCUAUGUUCCGCAGCUGCCGCACCGACGACAUGCCGCCGCACGUUUUUGCGGCAGCUCAAUCAGCACACCGCGCCAUGUUGGCCGCGAGGAGAGACAGGGCUAUUGUGUUCCUAGGAAGGUCCGGUUCUGGUAAGACCUCUGCUAUGCGUCACUGUGUUUGGUAUCUGGCUACAGCAUAUCCAGCGCAAGGCUCCAAACUCACACCGGAGAGACUGGAAGCUGCUCUGGAUGUACUGCACAUAUUCGGCUCCAGUCGAAGCGCCUCCAAUCUCCACGCCUCUCGUUUCGUUUCUCUUACGUCGCUGGACUUCGACGGUGCGGGUGCAUUAGUUUCAGCUUCAGUACAAGCGCUCCUGCCAGACCUCAGACCUGAUCAGUCUCCACUGAGGGCGUUACACACAUUGUUCCACGGCUGUGAUGCUCGUCUUCGUCGCGAGCUUCUGUUGGACCAGGCUCCAGUGAACGCUCCCAAUCCGUACAUCAACUCCUCUGAUAAGACUGACGCUCCGACCGAAUUCGUUGCUUUGAAGGAGGCGUUGCAACUUUUAUCAGUCACCGAACAAGAGCAAUUGGCCGUGUGGAAGAUUAUAGCUGCUAUAUGUCACUUGGGAUGGGCCGGAGUUGCUAGAGCUAACUCUGGUUCCGGUGUGAGGUAUCAGUUCGCUAGUACAGGUUGUGCGGGUCGAGCUGGUCGUCUACUUGGCGUCACAGCUGAGGAACUCGCCAAGGCUUGCUUCGCCCCUGCCAGCCCGCCCUCACCGCAGCCGCCUACUGGAUUGAGAACUCCAUCGCCUUCGAACGAGAAGGAAGCGCCAGGAUCGGACGCUCUCGAUGCUUUCGCAACCGGACUGUAUAGCGAAGUAUUCAACGUUAUCGUAGGAUUCGUCAACAGGAGUACGUCGACAUCAAGCCGCACUUCCAGCUCUUUGCUACUGCUGGAUUCUCCAGGUGCUGAUAACCCUAUGUGUUCCGGACAACAAAGCGGCGCCGGGCUGACCAAGCUACUGUCCAAUUAUAUGCAGGAACGUCUACAAGCCGUGUUCCACGAGGCCAUGCUGGUUGCUCCACGCGAACGGUACGCGCAAGAAGGAGUCACCAUAGACGACGGUAACGACGAAGAUUGGCUAUCAGAGUCUGUCAACCCGGGGCCGAUGGUGGAUUUGUUGGACAAGUCACCUCAGAACACAAUAGUCAGAAGUUCUCAGGCCGAUCUGAGAGAUUGCGACCGGCGGGGACUUCUCUGGUUGUUGGACGAGGAAUCUAUGUACCCGGGUUCUUCUGACGAUACUUUCUUAGAGCGUGUCAUGUCCCAGUACGGCGCCCCCCAUCAUACACACUACCUAAUAAAGAAGGCUCCUCACAAUAGACAAUUCAUACUUCAGCACUUACAGGGCACUAAUCCUGUUUUAUAUGAUGUCUCCGGGUGGGUGAAGGCCAGCCGCGAGAAUCCAGCUAUGAAGAGAGCUCAUACUUUGCUUCAGGAAAGCCAAAAUCCCUUGUUGUCGUCGUGUGAACGUACGACUGACGCUGGCACGCUGCGAAGAGCUGCAUCCGUACGACGAGCGCUGGCUUCUGGCGAUGUUGCCACCUUCUCCCGGACCUCAAUCAUUCGUCGUUCCCUCAACUCUGGCACCGCUGGUAUGAAGCGUCGGUCAACAGCUCUCCAGGCCAAGUUCAUAGCUGACGGGGUCGUGGAUACCUUACGCCGCUGCGGGUCAGGCGGGAUACAGUUUGUUUGCUGUCUCCUCACCAACCAACCUAACGAGACCCCCGACGAUGUAAACGUACCGCUAUUAAGAUCCCAGUUCCGCGGCUUCCAAUUACUAGACGCGGCUAGAUUGUAUAAACAAGGAUUCCCUGAACAUAUGCCAUUAUCGGAAUUCGCUAGGAGAUAUCGACUAUUGGCAACGUCGGAGAAGGAGGAAUCUGAAACAUCCCAGCAGUCAACGACGUUAUCGGAUAGACAGAUCGUGGACGAGAUGCUGUUGGUGCUAGACCUAGAUGUGACGAGCUACAGACUCGGACCCACUCAGAUCAUGUUCAGAGGCGGCGUGGUGGGCGAUUUGGACGCCCGCCGGGACGCCGCUCUGGCCCGAGUCCUCGUUCGACUACAAGCGAGGGCUCGCGGUCUCUUGGCCAGGAGACGAGCUGAAAGACUCCGCACUCAGCACACCGCCGCCAGAUGCGUUCAACGAAAUGUGCGCGCCUUCCUCGCGGUUCGUGACUGGCCAUGGUGGAGACUAUUGGUACGCGUCACUCCGCUACUGGCUGUGCAUCGCACAGAACACAGACUCAAACAAGCACAGGAGGAGCUGGAGACCCUCCGAGUUAAACUUGAGAAGGCAGAAAAUGAGCGCAGUCAUUAUAAGAACGAAACGGAACAACUUGAGACUAAGUUAUCAGAGGUUGGCGGUGAGUUGUCCGAUGAGCGUGCGGCAGCAGCUCUAGCGACCGAACGAGCUGAUGCAGAGGCUGCGGAGAGACUCCGGAUUGAGAGAGACAAUAGAGAAUUGCUGGCUAACAACCAACGUUUACAACAGGCAUCCGAACGCUUGGAGCUGGAACUCCUUCAUUGGAGAUCUGCGGAGAAUGGUAACGCUGAGCCGUCAGACUCCGAGGGUUCGGAAGCGGACGGAAGUGCCAGCGGCGAUAAGUACAAGAGGCGGUUCGAGAGGGCACACAGAGAGCUGCAGCUGCUCAGAGCCCAGCUGAGGAGACAGCACGAGGACGACCUGGAACAGCUGGUGACGGUCAAGAAACAGCUGGAAAAGAAGGUUCAAGAUGCCUACGAGGAGGUCGAGGAACAGCGUGCGGUCGCUGCACAAUGGAAACGCAAACUGCAAAAGCUCACCAACGAUAUGGCUGAUCUGAGAUCAUUGCUUGACGAACAAACGUGUCGUAACAAUCUCCUGGAGAAACGUCAGCGGAAGUUUGACGCGGAGCUCCACAGUGCCCAGGAGGAGUUGAAGAGAGAGAGAGCGGCCAAGGAGAGACUCUCCCGGGAGAGAGAUCAGGCACACGCGGAGAAAUACGCACUGGAACAGAGUCUAUCAGAGGCUCGCAUGGAGGUGGAACUUAAGGAGGAGCGUCUUCUGUCAGCGGCGAGGGAGUUGGAGGAGAGGGGAGGAGGGGACGAGGUGGCCGCUCUCAGGAGAACACGCGGCGAGCUGGAGAGACGAGUGAGAGACCAGGAGGAGGAGCUGGACGAGCUGGCCGGACAGAUACAGUUAUUGGAGAGUUCUAAGCUUCGCCUGGAGAUGCUUUUGGAGCAGCAACGGAAGGAGGCUCGUCUGGAAGCUGCCGCUAGAGACGACGAGAUGGAAGAAACUAGAGCGAACGCAUCUAAGAAACUUAAAAUGCUGGAGAGUCAGCUGGAGAGCGAGCAUUCAGAGCGGUCGCUGCUCCUCCGCGAGCGACACGAGCUGGAGAGACGGCUGGCAGCGCUGGAGGAAGCCGCUCGCCAGGAGACACACGAACAGGGACAGCUGGUCAUUAGACUUAAGAGGGAUGUGAAACGUUACCGCGCCCUGCUGCGAGACGCUCAGACGAUGUUGGAACAGAAGGAAAAGGAAGGUGGAGGGAAGACUCAGAUAAGACAUUUGAAAAACCAGGUGGAAGACUUGGAGUUGUCGCUGCGCGCUGCUAACAAGGCACGCUCGACAGCUGAGAGUGAGGCGAGCGAGGCGACCGCAGCCCUAGAGGAGACCGCGCGCGCCCGGAACGAGGCCGUGGAGAGAGCGCAUGCCGCCACGAGGGACGCCGCUGCCGCACGCGCAGCCCUAGACGACGCUGAGGAGGAAGCCGCCGAGCUGCUGAAGAAGUAUCGGGCGAGUACGAGCGCGCUGUGCGCCGCUCAGGCAGCCGCCCGCGAGGCUGAGUCCCGAGCGGAGGCUGCGGCUGAAGAGGCACGUCAGGCGCGAGAGAAACUCACUGAGAUGACCACUAGACUAGCACACGCUGAGGCCGGUCACACACACGAACAACACGAAGCCGGCAGACGACUCGAACUCAGGAAUAAGGAAUUGGAAUCGAGUCUGGAGUUAGAAGCGACGUCCCGGGCCCGUCUUGAGGGACAGUUGGCUAGACUGAGGGACUCUCACGAACAACUCGCCAGUGAACUUAGCGCAGCACGCGCCAAAGAUCACCAGGCCGCGGAGGAAGUUAGAAAACUUACAAGACAACUGAGGGAAUUGAAGGAAGAGAACGCAGCUCUGUCGUCUAAGCUGAGCGAGGUGUCGCGGGCUAAGAGCACGGCAGAGGCGGCAGCAGCGGCCGCAGCAGCGGAGGCCUCCGCCGCCCGGGACGAGGCUCGCCUGGCGGCACGUCGUGCGGCAGCCUUACAGGAAGCCAUCGCGGGGGAUCUCUCCAGCCCCGGGGACUCCAGGGACACUGACAGCGACAACGACAGUUACAGUUCUGAUGAAUCGAUAGGGACGUUCCUCGCCAACCACAAGCUGAGCCCGUCAGUGCCUUCGCGUGCCAGUCUUCAUCUAGACUCACAGAAAUCCCAAAGCCCGGAAGGACGUCAGAGCAGGUCGAGCGUCGGUUCUAGCACUAAGUUGAGUCCAACGAAGGAAUCGUUCGCAUAACAGCCGGCCGCCGCGGGCGGACUGCUCGCGGGCGCGCUGCCGCUGCUCUGUACAGCAUUGUGUACUAGGCAGCGCUCGCACAACACACAUAGGGUUAUUGAGUAGAUGGAACGGAACGGAAGUCAACAGACUCUAUUUUAAUUUACCACCUUACAUGCUAGCGAUAAAGUUUAAAGUUGCUUGUCACCACUGCUGUUGUGUGUCGUUUCAUGUAAUGACCUUAGUAAUGUGUUUUGACGUAUAUAGUCGGUGUAGUGUUGUGCUUAUGGCUUACGAGUUAUCGAUCGAGUCGACAGCAUAUUGUUUUAUGUAUGACUUGCAACAAGUGCUAACGGUCUUACGAAUGAUAACAGCGAUCGGUAUCAUAUAUGGAUAUUUAGAUUCGACGAAAUUAUUGUAUGAAUAGAUAAACUAUGCAUGUAUUUAACAUUGUAUGAUAGGAAAAUCAUUAAAAGUAGACUUGUAGUAGACAUUACCUUAAACUAAAAUCACAAUCAAAUGAUUUUAACGAUAAACAAACACAUACAAAUUUUAAAAUUUUCUUAAAAUAUAGACCGCUUCUAGAAAUCAAUUUAACUUUUGACUAUAAUAAUCUGCUCAAUAUUUAAUAUAUACAAUAGGCGAUUCUAUAAAUUUACCUAUUCUAUUUCUAUUUGUAGUGUUUGACUUAAUGUUCUUCGUGUGUUUGCUAUCGACAUUUUGACACAUGUAGUGUUGCCAAGUUAUCGAUAUAUUUGUGAAGUGUAUGCAUUCCAAAAUAUAAUAUCCCAUUUUUUUUUUAAAUGAACUUGGCUUCUCAAACCGCUUUCAUUAUAAAUGGCCUGAUUUAAUUUAUUUUUUAAUUUAUAUGUAAUUUCAGUGUAUAGUUGUAACAGCGCUGGGCUAUCAGCCAGCGAGUCAGUAUUUAGAUGAAAUAAGAUAAACAAUUUUUUUAUUAUUAGGUUGAUUGUUAUUUAGUUAAUUAAAUGUAAAUAAAUAGAUUGCAUAUACAUUUUUAUUAUUUAAUUUGUAAAAUUUGUGUGAGCAGACUGUUAUAUGAUUUAUUUGUUACAAUUAAUAUGUUGCUCUAUAGACGAACAAACAUAUCUGUUAGAUUAUAAUCAGCGAUAUUGAAUGGUUUGUUCUAAUGUAAUUUUAAUAUUUAGCGGAAUGUAGUCCAUUUUUAUUAAUGUAUCGUGAUCGUAUAUUUUAUCACAUACAAAAAAAAAAAAAAUUUUUUUUCUGUAUACUCUUUAGAUAUUGUGUCUGUAACCAAGUAUAAAUUUAUAUUAACAAUUAAUAUAUUACUUGUAAUGAUAAUAUGUAAUGAGAUGUUACUGCGUUCGAUAUUGGUUGUAAAAUUAAAUAUUUAAUAAAGUAACUACGAAUAUAA